UGGAUCCCAAAGUCUAGUAGUUGACGAUAAUGGAUGGCUUUAGGGGAUGGAGCACCUUUACAGUGGUGUGCAUGUGGUGGGUCUCUCUUGUAGUGGCUCUUGAAGGGAAAAAAGAACUGAGUAGGAGUGGCUUUCCCCAUGGAUUUAUAUUCGGUACAGCCUCUGCUUCAUACCAGUAUGAAGGAGCUGCUAAGGAAGGAGGAAGGGGACCAAGCAUCUGGGACACUUUCUCCCAUAUCCCAGGGAAAAUCGAUAAUGGAGACAAUGGGGAUGUUGCUGUGGAUCAAUACCAUCGCUAUAAGGAGGACGUGAGAUUGAUGAAGAACAUGGGUCUGGAUGCAUAUAGGUUCUCUAUUUCUUGGUCCAGGAUAUUACCACGAGGCACGAUCAAAGGUGGAAUUAACAAAAUUGGAAUAGCUUACUACAACAAUCUCAUUAAUGAACUCUUGAAAAAUGAUAUCCAGCCUUUCAUAACACUGUUUCAUUGGGAUCUACCGCAAGCUCUGGAGGAUAAAUAUGGAGGCUUUCUCAGCAAAAAUAUUGUGAACGAUUUUGAAGCUUACGCUGAACUGUGCUUUCAAGAGUUUGGCGAUCGAGUGAAGCACUGGAUAACGUUGAACGAACCUUAUUCCUACGCUUCUGGAGGAUAUAACAGUGGCCAACUUGCACCCGGCCGGCAUUCGUCUUCUAAUGGAAGUUCAAACCUGGGAAAUUCGGCAACAGAGCCAUACAUUGUGGCGCAUAAUCUUCUUCUUUCUCAUGCAGCUGCUGUGCGUCUAUAUAAGAGAAAGUAUCAGGCGGUGCAGAAGGGAUUGAUCGGAAUUACAAUAGUGACCCACUGGUUUGUUCCCUAUUCAAACUCACUUUCUGACCGGAAAGCCGCCCAAAGGGCCAUAGAUUUUAUGUUUGGAUGGUAUAUGGAUCCAAUUACAAAAGGGAGAUACCCAUCAACUAUGAGCAAGCUUGUUGGCAAGCGUUUACCUAAAUUUACAGCCCAUGAAUAUGCUAAGGUGAAAGGGUCGUUUGAUUUUCUGGGCUUAAAUUACUACACAGCUCGUUACGCCGUUGAUGUUUCAACGCCGCCUAAUCCCAAGAACACAAGCUAUACUUUGGACUCUCAAGCUAAUCUAACAACUGAGAAAAGUGGUGUGCUCAUCGGACCAGUGGCAGGAUCGAGUUGGCUUAACGUGUAUCCGCGUGGAAUAGGAGAAUUGUUGAAGUAUAUCAAAAACAGAUAUGACAAUCCACUGAUUUUCAUCACAGAGAAUGGUAUUGAUGAGAAAAAUGAUGCUACAUUUACUGUAACACAAGCUCUUAAUGAUACUUGGCGAAUCGACUACCACUCAAAGCAUUUAUCAUUUGUUCAAAAAGCAAUAAGGGUUGGAUCCAACAUACAAGGUUACUUUGCAUGGUCCUUGUUAGACAACUUUGAGUGGAUGAAUGGCUAUACAGUUCGAUUUGGUCUUCAUUAUGUAGAUUUUAAUAACUAUUUAAAUCGAUAUCCAAAAGCAUCAGUCCAUUGGUUUGGAAAACUCUUAGAGAAAAAAGUAUAAAGAUAAUACUUUGUAUAUCAUUAAGAGGAGCUAUGCUAUAGGUAUAAUUUG